AUGAUGCCUGCUACAACUUCCCCUCUUCCCCAUAUUCAUCUCCUCUGCAUGGACGAAAUAUUCAUCCAUGCCUUCGAAUCUGUCUUGUCGACAACCACCACAUCUCCCCAAUUUCCUAAGAUCACUUUCCACAACUGCUCCCUCUCUUAUAUCUCCCCGAACAUUCAAUUCGAUGUGAUCGUCUCCCCAGCCAACUCCUACGGCCGGCUAGACGGUGGCUUCGACGACGCCAUCUCACGUGCCUUUUCCCCAACGUCAGACUACCUCGCCUUGACUCGCCACACGCAGGGUAUUCUCUAUCGCGACUAUCGAGGCUACCUGCCUCCGGGAUCAUGUACGCUCAUCCCUAUCCCGGAGGAGUUUGACCAUCGGUCGAAGAAUGUCUGGAAAACGAGGUACUUGGCGCUCUGUCCGACCAUGAGAGUGCCGCAGGAUGUGCGCUGGGAUCGGGAGAUUGUGUAUGAGUGUAUCUGGAGCUUGUUGUGCGCUAUCGACAGACAUAACUGUGAUGUUGAGAGGACAGCAGACGGGGCAACGAGGAUUGAUAGUCUCUUGAUGACCCCGUUUGCGACGGGGUGUGGGUUUGUCUCGCCUGAGAAGUGGGCCAGACAGAUGAUCCUGGCGCUCAAUCAUUAUGUCGAUGCGGUGCAAAAUCCGGAGAAGUGGUCCAGUCUGGAUCUGGGUCAGGCUAUGGUAUAUUCGAGUGAGGUGGCGAGGACUUGGGAGUUAUAA